CAGGACGGAUCCUCGCUUUGAUCUCAGUGGGAAUCUCAGACUUCUUAGGAGCAAGCCGCGCUGCACAGCUGGGCUGGGCAGGCGUUGGGGACAUCGUGUCGCUAGAAGCCUCGAGAUGCCAGCGAAAAACAAAAACCCUCUGCAGUCUGUUAAGGAGGACACUGGAGCUGGCAGGACCCACGGUGCUUUCUGGCUUCAGUCGCUUGUUACUGAUGCACUCCACGGCAAAGGGUUUCACAUGAUAGAAGAGUAUCUCCAGCAGAAAGAGAGCCAUGUGCCUCAAAAAUACAACCAUCUUCUCCUACACCAUCUCGACAGGCGGAUCAACCGGGAACUGGAUAAAAAUGAGUUCCAGAAUUGUUCCCUGCUGCUGAAAUGUAUCCAGAGAUUCUGCAAAGAUGACCAGGGCCAAGAGGAGCCCUUGCUAAUUCGGCAGGGGCUGAUGGCAAAGAUGGUUUCCUGGUUUGAACGGCUGACAGGAUUUCUGAUCACAGAAGACCUGGCCUCAGAUGCACCGCUGGCAAAUGCCAUGGGAGACCUCCUCGACACUGCCCUGAUCAUUUCCAGGCACAGCGGGAAAGGGACAAUCCAGAUGCUGGAUUCCUUCAUCCUUAAUUUAGGAUUCCUGGUGACAGAAGGCACAGUGACGCCCUCCAUUCAGCGAGAGGCUCUGAGUACUCUGAACUGCAUUUUGGAAGCUGCCCCCCGGGAAGAGAGACGAAGGCUCACUUCAGCAGAAGGCAUGUGCAGACUUAUGAAAGAACUGGCGAGGAUGAUCUUGACUGUGGGAGAUUAUAGCCAGCAGGUUGCUCUAUCAGAGGCUUUGUGUAGGAUGGCGGUUGGAACACUGAGACAUGAGCUUGCUCUUCAGUGGUUUGAUGAUGCAGUCCUGGCUGAAGCUUUCAAAGAAAUUAAGAACCGGGAAUUUGAGACGGACUGUCGGCAGUUUCUCAAUUUCCUGAAUGACAGACUUGGUGACAAGAGAAGGGUCUAUUCAUUCCCAUGCUUGGCUGCUUUUGCUGAUGAUCAGGAGAUGAGAAAACCAGCAGAUGAAAAAUUAGAGGAAUUUUGGAUUGAUUUCAACCUAGGAAGCCAAAGCGUGACUUUUUACAUAGACUACAGAGAGAGUGCUCUGUGGGAACCAGUGCAACUCUCAAAGGAAGCAGUGGUCAAGUAUUACGUAAUGGAAAGUGACAGGAUGAAGACAUUAAUCGUUUACCUGAAAGAGCCGAUUAUUGUCAGCAAGAAAGAAGCAAAGACAAUAGAAAUCCACUUCGACAGGCAACUCGGCAUAUCCCAGGCUUCAGUUCGAGCUUUGGGAGAAGUUGAACAGACUCCUGUUUUGACAAAAGUCUCCCCUGACUUCAAAAAAGAAGAUGGGGAGAUUCCUAGUAGCCACGAAAGAGAAACAGAGCGUGCAGAAGAACCCACAAUCCUGCCGGGGUUCGUGGAUGACGACGACGACCUCGAGGAUGACGACGACAACCGUUGCCUAAUAACUCGCCGCAGCUUCAAUGUUCAGUCAGAGCCUGCUGUGAGCAGAAGAGGCUGGGAAAAGCUGCAAACACAUACAGAAGAAAGUUCACCUGAAAAACCAAAACCGCAUGACCCCAAACAAGUUACUUCAAAACACAAGCAUCCUUCAGAUAUGCAAGAACCAUCAAUUCAAGCUCAGGCUUCUAAAUUAAAUGAUACAAUGGAAGAUUCUGCCUUUGAGGGGGAUGGAGAACAAGAUGGAAGGAGGCCGUUUAAUCUUAGGAAACAUUACUUCUCUGAGGGUAAUGAAGAUUCAGGUUCAAGCAUCAGUGAACGAUCUUGGACCCGGGGUUACAAACGGAAAUCCUCAAGAACAUAUUCCCAGAGGAGGAAGCCAAGAAUCAGUUCUUUCAGGGUCCUGCCACUUUCCCCCAUCAGGAGCGGCAGAGCUCGUGAGGAAGAUCAGGUUAAGCUGACACCAGUAUGGAAGGGCAUCUCCAGGCAAAGUGAUACCACUCUUCCAAAGUUUUCUGAUAUAAAACUGCAAGGUAGUUCUGUGCUUUUAACUCCCGAGGCAUCUACACAGAAAAUAGAAUUUCGAAGUCCUCAUGUAUUGGGCGGUCUCUCUCCCUUAGAGCACCCAGAAUUUGAAGAAAACGUACCUCAGAUUGCGAACCGAGAGACAUUCAUGGAAAACAGUAGCUUCAAACACAAGCUAGAAAACUCAGAACACACAGAGAUACCGGAUGGAGGUAUUGCUGCCCCAAAGCAAUCAAGAUUAGAAGAUGCUCCAGGAUCCCCUGCUCUGACAGAUAUUUCUACUCCAUCUCAAGAAGAUGUGCCAGAAACUGCAAAUAGUUGUGCUUUUAAAACAGCCUUUGAAAACUUCACUAGGGAUCUGAAAAGAAAAUUUGAGCUCAAGCAGAAAGAGAUUCCAUUUUCUUCAGAGAAGGCAAAGGAAGUACCAGGCUGUCUAAUCAGAUUUUGGAACCAGAUAUACACGUGCAGGCUGAACAAGCUGGAGAGGUUUCACAGCUCUGUUCUUCAGGAGCUGAGCGACUUGGAGAUGGAUCUUCAGGCUCUCACAUGCCUGGAAGAGGAUGCUCUGGAGUUUUGGGAGAAACGGUCGUCUGACUUGCGAUCAUCAUGUGAUCAGCAAACAUUGAGGUUUAACUCAACUCAGUCUUCAUAAGAAAAGCCAAAGUUUGGCUUUAUGACUGCACCCUCAGGUACAACAGCAUGAGGAGGGAGAUGGAGUCUGUGGUACCUUGGCCCAAGAGCUGUCCUUCAGAGCUAUGCUCAGCAGCAAACAGCCCUCAGAAGCUGCUGAGAAAGGGCAGCAUGAUAGGGAGGGAUAGGGCAUGUUCACAGCUUGUACCAUAUUACUCAUUUGUUCAGAGAAACUAAGCUUUCUGUUCAAACUUGGUCCAGUCAUAGAAAAGUCCAAGAUGUUUAGCCAUUUCAAGUGGUUUACUUUUCAUAUCAUUUAAAUAGAGUAAACUUUAUUUCAGUUUGAGAAGUGCUUUCAAAUUUUGUGGAAAACAGAACUUCAGCCAUGUCUGCAUAGAGAUUAUUUCAUAAACCCCUUUAAAGGAAAAAUAUCCCGAAAACAGAAUGAGAUGAGAACAGGUUGACAUGAAUUAUAAGGGGGACACGUUUGCUCUUGAGAGAUUCCUACUUCUCCAGGUCUCUGUCCCAAAGCACAUGCUCAGGGGAAGAGACACAUUCCUCCUGCAGACAUUCCUCUAUUGAGAUGUAUCUGCAGAGGCCUGCAUGCACAGUGGGGUGUCUGAAUUAUUUUAGAGAAGUUAAACAUAUUAUUUAAGGCCACUCACAAAGUCAGAUGGUUUACGGCUGGAUAAGUAGAGACUGUGCAUUGAUCAGUAUGUUCUUGAUAUAACACAGUGAGUUAUAUUAUAGGCUACAUAUUAAUUUGUAGUUUUUCUUAAUACAAAUGUAUGUAAUCCUAA